AGGCUUACAUAUUUCAACAUCUGGGUUUCUAUUACUAGAGAGAGUAUGUGCGGGCUUGUUAAGGAGUUAUUACUCCUCUGCAUCCCAUUCUCAUACUCCAUUAGCAUUGCGACAAUGUGUUCUAGGUUCCUUGGAAUCGGCUUUUUGUAUCUGCUCCUGGAUUCCUUUUAUUUAGUACUUGAAAGUACCUACUAUAUGAUUUCUUGCGCCUCGCCAUUGUUCAAUGAAGAAGUAUACAUUCUUGCUUGAAGGAUUGACCCCCACGAUGCCAGAUUAAAUUCCGAGUAUGACACUCAAACAUAUGCGAUAGAUCACUCAUACUUCUGAAACAUUG